AUGGCAUGCAUGAAGCUUGGAUCAAAAUCCGAUGUGUUUUAUCUUGAUCGGCAAAAUUGGCUUUGCUCAACUGGGCUUCCAAGUGAUGUCAUUGUUGAAAUUGGUGAAACAUCCUUUCAUCUUCACAAGUUUCCACUUAUAUCAAGAAGUGAAUUGCUAGAAACAAUUAUGAAAGAAGACAAUGAAAAAUCAGUGAUUGAACUUCAUGAACUACCAGGAGGAGGCAAUGCGUUUCUACUUAUAGCAAAGUUCUGUUAUGGUGUCAAAAUGGAGCUAACACCAUCAAAUGUGGUUAGUCUCCGGUGUGCCGCCGAGUACCUCCAAAUGACAGAGGACUAUGGAGAGGGAAAUCUCAUCAUACAGACUGAGAAUUUCCUAAACCACAUCUUCACUUAUUGGACAGACACUCUUAGAGCUCUAAGAACAUGUGAAGAAGAUGUUUUGCCUUUUGCUGAAGAGCUUCAUAUAACUUCAAGGUGCAUACAAUCUUUGGUAUUGAAAGCUGCAGAUCCAAGCUUGGUUACUUCUCAAAGUGUUGUUCAAAGUCCAGAGAACAGAAUAGGAGGACUCGUAUCGAAGAUAACAUGCGAAGAUUGGUGGUAUGAGGAUGUUUCUUCACUUAGCUUGCCAUUAUACAAAAGAUUCAUGCAUGGUGCUAGUGGAAGGCACAUGAAGGCUGAGAAGAUUUCUGGUUCCCUUGUUUACUAUGCUAAAAAGAAUGUUCCUUUAUUGGGAAGCCAAUUCAGUGGAAACAAUUCUAACAAGUCAUCAUCAAUUUCUUGUUGUACUCCUUCUGAAGCAGAUCAAAGGAACAUGAUAGAAGAGAUUGUGGAAAUGCUUCCAAAUGUAAAGGGCAUCACACCAACCAAGUUCUUGUUAAGGGUUCUUAGAACAGCAAUGGCAUUGUAUGCUAGCUCAUCUUGUUGUGCAAGUUUGGAGAAAAAGAUUGGUGCUCAGUUAGAUGAAGCUGAUCUUGAUGAUCUUCUGAUCCCAAACAUUGGAUACUCAAUGGAAACCCUUUAUGAUAUUGAUUGUGUUCAGAGGAUGCUUGAUCAUUUCAUGAUUGUGGAGCAUGAUGUUAUUGAUUCCACAACAUCUUCUAAUGACAUAGAGGAAGAAAGAGAGAAGGGAUUGGUUGAAGGCUCUCAUCAAACUCCAAUGAUAAAAGUGGCUAAUCUUGUUGAUAGCUAUCUUGCUGAGGUUGCACCUGAUUCCAAUGUGAAGCUUCAAAAGUUUCAGGCACUUGCUGCUGUCAUUCCUGAUUAUGCUAGGACCCUUGAUGAUGCUUUAUAUCGUGCCAUUGAUAUAUAUCUCAAGGCUCAUCCAUGGCUAACAGACUCAGAGAAGGAACAAAUUUGCAAGCUCAUGAACUGCCAGAAGCUGUCCCUGGAAGCCAGCACACACGCGGCGCAAAAUGAGAGGCUUCCACUCCGAGUUGUGGUCCAAGUCCUGUUCUUUGAGCAGCUCAAACUCAGAACCUCAGUUGCUGGUUGGUUCUUUUCAUCUGAUAACAACAACAACAACAGCAGCAGCCUUGAGAAUUCAGAGAAACAACAGCAUAACUUAGCACUGAUAGGAAAUGACCAAACUAACCCCUUCAUGGCCUUUGAGAAUGUGAGGGAGCGUGUGAAUGAGCUUGAGAAAGAGUACCUGCACAUGAAGAAAGAGCUUGAGAAGAUGAUGGUUAAGUCCAAGAUUAGUUGGAACGUGAUCCUCAAGAAAUUGGGGUGUAGGUUAAUACCUAAGCCCCCUAAUAACAACAAGGUCACAAAGUCAUGUAGGAAAACCAAGAUAACACCAACAUCAACCACCAUCACCACCACUACUACCACCAUGGAAGAUCAAAAGGCCAUGACUGAAGUGAAUUGA